AGAUCAAAACAUCAGGGCUCUGACAAAUAAUUGAAUUCAGAGAUUUUCUGCAGUAAUUAUAUAGGAGCUUGACCUGUACCGCAAUUUUUGUUCACAAGUCAUAAACCAUUAUGAACAUUAAAUUUGUGAUUCAAUUUUGAAAAAUUUGUGAUUGAUAUACAAGUAAAAAGAAUUCAAGGUGGCUUUGGUGGUUGGACAUAUGCAGUUUAUGUCGAUUUUGUACCAAGUACGCUAAAGGUAUUGGGGAGCCGACAACAAGAACAAUAUACUUAAAUGAAUAUGAAAUAAAUAGCAGUUAACGGGAAUGUAAAUAAAAGAAUAAGAACACAAACAAUUGUCGACGCGGAAAAUCUAACGAAUGGGAAAGACCGCGGGUGACACUCUUGAUCACUAAUCCAAUAUAAUGAUGUUGUUGUCGGUACACAUGUAUCAAUACAAUUAGCUCACACGCUUUGUACACCGUCAAGUUAUAUAAAGGUCCCAUGAUACUAGGUUGCGUUAGUAAAGUGAGGUUGCAUUUAGCAACCAUGAUUUCGAAUUAUGCCUUCUGCCGCCAAUGUAUAAAAUCUGGGCCCAACAGCGACCACAAAGGUUCCUUCAUACUUCAGAGUUUCCAAUUGCCGCCUCUAAAAAGAAUUCUACGAAAUAUAAACCAACUUUAUUACAAGAGUUAUGAAUUUUGCGGCCCUUGCUAAAUCUCAUGGAAAGUGGUAGAAGUAUGAAAACUAUGUUUCCUCAUAAGAUAUACACCAAAGUAACAUAUACUUCCUCCGUUCUUAUUUACUUGCAACACUCAUCAUUCCGGAUAUUCAAUUUAUUUGCAACACUAUCUUUUUUUUAUAUUCUUUUGCUCUAUUUCUGUGACUCUGUACUCAUCAUAUGGAUCACUUUUUUCUACCUAUCCUCACCUAGAUCAUUGUGCCUCUUUGCAAGCAAAUCAAAACGAAGGAAGUAUAUAUAAAUGGUUCGCCUGAGCGACCUUCAAAAGGAGAUCGUAAAAAGUGCAGCUAUGUCUUUAAACUAUGUACACCUGAAAAUACUGUCCAAAUUUUGGUGCAAUGGCAGUAGUUCUUAGAUUGUGCUUCAAGUAAGAAAUUCGGUCGAGUAAAGGCGAAGAUGAAAAAUCUUAAAUCUACAUACGAAUCUUGCAAAUUGCGUCCAGUUUUUAGUGAAAUGGUACUAGUUCCUAGUUUGUGUUUCAAGUUAUCGCAUGUAUCUCAUUACUCUUCAUACAUGGUAGCUAGUAGCUACGUAUGUCCUACAAUUUAUGUUACUGGUAUACUUUCAGUUUCAUAAAUAUUCUUCCUUUUUCCACCAAAAGAAGUCACCUUAAGAUUCCACUUGCUAACAUGUAUAUGAUCUUCCAUCGUACUAAAUUUAUACAUGCUUGUUAGGUGAUCAACAUAUCCAGACAAUGGAAGCAGAUGAUACUGAGAAGCAAGAGAGUGGAGAUCAAAUCGCGCUUGAAAUCACACCAUUAGGACCAGCCGAAGACCUCACUUCCUCCAUUAGAGAGAAACUAGAGGCCAUUUCCUUUCCAUGUUGUAUCUUUCAUGUCCCAAACAAUUUUUCGAGUCAAGGCGAACAUGCACAUUAUUAUCCUAAGAUAAUCUCAAUUGGACCCUUCCAUCAUGGAAAAAUCCACUUACUACACAUGGAAAAUCAUAAGUGGGAUUAUCUAAAUGCUCUGCUAAGUAGAAAUUUCACCUUAGACUCCACCUUAGAUUCAUGUGUAAAGGUUUUGAAGGAAUUGGAGCCCAAAAUUAGAGCAUGUUACCAAGGGAACCUUUCUUUCGAAAGCGAUGAGUUUGUAAGAAUGAUUCUUCUUGAUGCUUGUUUCAUCAUUGAGCUCUUCUUAAGGUAUACUAUUAGAGGCUUAAGAAGGAGAGAUGAUGCUCUGUUUAGAUCACCUGAAAAGUUUCAUGUUUUGAGAAAUGACUUGAGUUUGUUGGAGAAUCAAAUCCCAUUUUUUGUCCUUCAAAGGAUUUUUAGUGUUGUUCCACUUCCUAGAGAAUGUGAUGGAUCACUUUCUGAGCUUAGUUUAAGGUUUUUUAAACCUUUGAUUCCUACAAAUGUACAAUUAUUACUAGAAAAAUACAGCUUUGAAGGUAGUAGUCAUUUGCUUGAUUUGAUUUGGAAAGCUCACCUCCCAUCGUUUUCUAAAGUUCCCAUGGGUAGAGGCAAUGACUCUGGGAAACAUCUGCAUAGCGCAACUAAACUUCGAAAAGUAGGAAUCAAGGUAAAAGCAGCAGAAGCAGAAAGCAUUUUGGAUGUAAAAUUUAUAAAAGGAGUACUUAUAAUCCCAAGUUUGAAGAUCCAUAAUUAUAUGGAAGCUUUAUUUAGAAACUUCAUAGCAAUGGAACAUUGCCAUGCUGGAAAAAUGAAGCAUAUUACUUCCUACGUCUACUUAAUGAAAGGCCUAAUUCAUUCCCAAGAUGAUGUAAAACUAUUUUUUCGACGAGAAAUUUUCAUAAGCUAUGUUGGAGAAAAGGGAGAUUUAGUUGAUUUAUUCAGAAAUUUGUGCCGCAAUAUAGACUUGGAUAAAUUUUAUUAUGAGGGGAUGUGGGAGCAGCUUAUGGCAACUGGAAGAACAAGGUGGGAGGUUUUGUAUUACAAAAUGCAACAAAAGUUUCGAGAAAUUCAAUGUAAAGUUUCAAGAGUUACUUUGGGAGUUUUAGUUUUAGUUUCUGUGCUAAUUGGGAUUUUGGUUAUAGUACUUUAUUUCUUUAUAUCUCGUCAUCAUUAGACAACUCAACGAUGAAUUGUACCUAUUUUUAAUCGAGUUUUCAAUUUAUAUAAGAACAAGUGUAUAGAAUUGAAUCUUCAAAAGAAUUAGACAUGCUUUGUUCCAAUUAGUUCAAUAUUUACCUGAAACA